AUGUCCAACAGCAGCUCCAUCACCCAGUUCCUCCUCCUGGCGUUCGCAGACACGCGGGAGCUGCAGCUCUUGCACUUUGGGCUCUUCCUGGGCAUCUACCUGGCUGCUCUCCUGGGCAAUGGGCUCAUCAUCAUCGCUGUAGCCUGCGACCAGCACCUCCACACCCCCAUGUACUUCUUCCUCCUCAACCUCUCCCUCCUCGACCUGGGCUCUAUCUCCACCACUCUUCCCAAAUCCAUGGCCAAUGCCCUUUUGGAUACCAGGGCCAUUUCCUAUGCAGGAUGUUCUGCCCAGGUCUUUCUGUUUGUCUUUGUGAUGUCCUCAGAGUUUUCUCUCCUCACUGUCAUGGCCUAUGACCGCUUCAUUACCAUCUGCAAACCCCUGCACUAUGGGACCCUCCUGGGCAGCAGAGCUUGUGCCAACAUGGCAGCAGCUGCCUGGGGCAGUGGUUUCCUCUAUGCCAUGCUGCACACUGCCAAUACAUUUUCACUGCUGCUCUGCCAAGGCAAUGCCGUGAACCAGUUCUUCUGUGAAAUCCCCCAGAUCCUCAAGCUCUCCUGCUCAGACUCCUACCUCAGGGAAGUUGGGCUUCUUGUGGUUAGUGCUCUCGUAUUUUGGGGCUGUUUUGUUUUCAUUGUGCUGUCCUAUGUGCAGAUCUUCAGGGCUGUGCUGAGGAUCCCCUCUGAGCAGGGACGCCACAAAGCCUUUUCCACGUGCCUGCCUCACCUGGCCGUGGUCUCUCUUUUUCUCAGCACUGGCAUGUUUGCCUACCUGAAGCCCCCCUCCAUCUCUUCCCCAUCCCUGGACCUGGUCAUGGCAGAUCUGUACUCCGUGGUGCCCCCAGCAGUGAACCCCCUCAUCUACAGCAUGAGGAACCGGGAGCUCAAGGAUGCCAUUAGGAAACUGAUUUCAUCAACACCUUUGAGUAGGCAUGAGCGAUUGCACCCCCAGAAGGACGUUGGUCAGGAUUCUGCAUGGCUGCAGGAGCAGAAACCUGUCAGUCACGCUGUUACCCACGACAUCAUUCUCGAGGGUAACUGGAGCUGCCUGGAGAGCCUGAGGGAUCUCCAGGGACAGUGCAUGCCUCCAGUAGGCAGGGCAAAGGAUCGCAGUGGAGGGUGCUGCAAGCCCACUGAGUCCAAGGCAGAUGAGGACUUUGUCUGCAACGGUCUCAGGAGGUCUUUCAGUCACGUUCCCAAAAUCACAGCUUACAAGAAAGACUUCACAGACCCUCCUCCACCCCUCUAUCUCCAGGCUAUGGGGAACAACAACCAAACCCUCGCCACAGACUUCAUCUUCCUGGGUUUCUCCAGCCUUGCGGAACUGCAGAAGCUGCUUCUUGUGGUGUUUUUGCUGCUGUACCUGGUCACUCUGAGCAUGAAUACCACUAUAAUGAUUAUCAUAUGGGCUGAUCGGAGCCUUCACACACCCAUGUACUUUUUCCUUUGCGUCUUGUCAUUUUCCGAGACUUGCUACACCUUCGUCAUUGUCCCCAAGAUGCUGGUAGACUUGAUAGCAGAGAGAAAAACCAUUUCCUUCCUAGGCUGUGCUGUACAAAUGUACUUCUUCCUUUUCUUGGGGUGCUCCCACUCUUUCCUCCUGGCAGCCAUGGGCUACGACCGCUGCGUUGCCAUCUGCCACCCCCUGCACUACAACAGAAUCAUGACUUGGCGAGUGUGUGCUCAGCUGGUGGUUGCUUCUGCUCUGAGCGGAUUUCUGGUUGCCCAGGUGGUUACCCCCUUGAUAUUUUGUUUGCCUUUCCAUACAUCCAGGAAACUCAACCAUUUCUUCUGUGACAUCUCCCCUGUCCUCCGAGUGGCCUUUACUCACACAAACCUCAGUGAGGCCAUUAUCUUCACCCUGGGUAUCUCUGUCCUUACAAUCCCACUGAUGCUGAUCCUUAUUUCAUACCUCUUUGUUGUCCUAGCCAUCCUGCAGAUCCCUUCAGCUGCAGGGAGGCACAAAGCCUUCUCCACCUGCAGUGCUCACCUGAUAGUAGUGAUUGUUCAUUACGGCUGUGCCUCCUUCAUCUACCUGAGACCCGACUCCAGCUACUCGUCGGAUCAGGAUGCAUUGAUCUCUGUCACUUAUACCAUCCUCACUCCCCUGCUCAACCCUAUGAUUUACAGCCUAAGGAACAAGGAUGUCAAAAUGGCUCUUCAAAAAGCAAUCAGGAAAAACAUACUAUCUCAGAAAGUUUUCCAGUGA